AUCCGACUUUGUUGCUCUCCUGGCCCGCUAGUCUGUUUCCAGUCUCUCCGGGGAGCCAAAGAACAGCUAGACGAAGCCCCGACCAUGGAAGGCGACAACAUAAUAAUGCCUGUUUGACUCGGGGACAUUUUCCAAGAUGCCAGGCCUUUUUCCCAGUCCUGUGUGUCUGACAGUCAUCUGGUUUUUAUCUUGGUCACUGCGUCCCAGUCGUGCUCAGAUUUGGACUGAUGAAGUGUCAGGCGUGCAGUACGGGCACUUGGAGUCAAAUGUGACACUGGCAUGCGGGAAGUCACAAAUCAGGUUACCUGUCGUAUGGCGUCUCAACUACAGCUCAGCAUUGCCAUGGCACAAAGUGACAUCGGAUGGAGCCUUAGUCCUGCUGCACGUCGACCACUCGGCGCAGGGCAACUACAGCUGCUAUGACAACCAGGGGUUUCUCCUCCACUCUGUCAAACUCAGGCUGGGCUAUCCCCCUGGGCUGCUAAGCGUUUCCUGUCAUGUGCCCAAUCACACACACGUCCGCUGCUCCUGGGUGGAAUCGGUAAAGACGUUCCUGCCAACCAAGUACAAUGCCUCCUUCAGGGGGAAUGGUCAGGAGUGGAGGCCAUGUGUCUUGGACAUCACUCGCAAGCACUGUGAUGUAGAUCACCCUGCGUUCUGGCAGACCAUCCAUAUCCUGAGAAUCACAGAGAGCAAUGGCCUUGGGUCCAAGACAACAUAUGUCCAGUUUAGGUUACAUGAGCUAUUGAAACCAGACCCUCCAGAGUCAGUGUUGGUGAAGGAGCUAGAAGGCUAUCCACAGAGACUGAUUGUCUCGUGGAACUUUCCCUCUUCCUGGCCGCUGCAUGAUGCUUUCCCCCUUGUGUUUCAUAUCAGAUACAGGCCAAAAGGCUCUAUAUACUGGUCAGAUAUUUACUCUGAGGAGAGUCCAGUCGUGAUAUUUGACGCCCUGGCUGGCCACCUCCACCAUGUUCAGGUUCGGGCCCGAGAUGAAGUGAACUCUGACAGCCAGUGGAGUGAAUGGAGUCCGCUGCUUUUUGCCAGGCCGUGGGAAGGGUACACCACCCCUGAACCUGCAGAGGAGUUCCCGUCGGAGGACAGUUUUACAGACUGUUCCAUUCCCGACAACACAAAACCUGAAACCUCCACUGCAAAGUCCCACAAUCCUGUACUUGAGGAUGAAGGCAAUUUGGGUUUGGUGAUUCUGCUGGGUUUUUUCUCCUUAGUCGUCCUCACCACCAUCCCUUCCCUCAUCUUUGUUGUGUGGAUGAGGCAGAGGCGGCGCGAUCAUGUGACCAAACAGGAACUCACAUCCAUGGUCAAGAUGAAGUCCAUGCCAAUCUAAUAUUUUCCUCUUCCUUCUUUCUUCUUUUUUUUCUCUCUCACUCUUCUUUAUUCUCUUCUCUUCUCUGCUCUUCUUCCGUCUUUUCUCUUGUCUUCUCUUCUCAGGUUGAUUUCAUCUUCCCCUCCUAGUCAGCCCGUUCUAGGGCUCCUCCCAAGAGUCGGCCUCUGCCUUUACCACUGUAGAAUGCUGACCGUCUGCAUUUAACUACAAUAACCAGAAUGCAUCUGCUAGAGGAUCCAGGACAACAGGGACGAGCCUAUACAAGGAAUAAUACGUGGUAGGGAAAAGUUACCCUGUAUGUAAAAGGCUGAAAAUAAGGCACGUUUUGCAAGAUUUCCCUGGACAUAUUCAGUGGUCACGUUUAACUGCAUUAUUCAUAAUGUAUCAGCAGACCCUUGCAAACAGGGAAAACAGACCCUACUCUGUUCCUUUAGGUUCACUUCAGUGGACUGUAGGAGGGACACUGCAUCAGGACAUUUGAGUUCACUCACAACUAAUGCUGCUUCAGGUGGACUGACUCCACAACCUCUUUGGAGAGCAGUGGCUUUUUUUUUUCUUUCUUUUUUUUUUACUUUUGAACUUUUAAGCAAAGUAAGGACAGGACAUGCAGCUGCCAAACAGGAGAAAAUAGGCUUUUUGUGGGAAGGGGCUUGCCUCUUCUCCCACCCAGAUGUCCUCACCUUCUUUUAUUUUUUUGAAAUUCAUUGUGAGAAGUAACAAGUUAAUGUGCAUCCAUUUUUCGAUCGACUGACCGACCGACUCAACGCUGUGAAGGAAGCAUAACUUCUGCCAGUCUUUCUGUGUGCAUCUGAUGCCAAAGCAGCAACUACGGGCAUUAAGGUCUUAGCUGUGGGGCAGAAUGCAACCUGCUACUGGCUCCAGACCUGAGGGAUGGACACGGAGAAUAAGGUCCAGGGUGGGCAGGUUGGGUUAUCUAGACUUUAUUUCAUUUAUGACAAGUGAUUUUAUGUUGCAUGCUAUCUAUGCUUGUUCUGUUAGUACAGGUGUUCUUUUGUUUCUUUUGUUAUACCUCUUUCUAUCCAUCCACCCACUGUUUCUGAAUGUGUGUGGAUGAAAGGCACACAUGGGGAGACAGAGAGAUAAGAAAGAUACUGGCCUUUCACAAACCACCAGCAUUAUGACAUUACAAAGAUACUGAGUUAGCUAGGGAAUAUUAUAUUCAUACAUUCAGGGAUAAAAGUCAAACCCAGCCUAGAUUGUCUGUUAUCUUAGUGGAUGACAAAUCAAAUUUUAUUCCUAAAAAAGAGAAACUUAACACCAGGCUGAAAAAUCAGUGCUAUGCUGCCCUCUUAGGUUGAAGGUGGAACCACUGUUUCACCUGUAAACACAGCCAGCACCACUGAUAGUUGUGGUCAGAAGUGUGCUUUGUUGCGCCUGUAACCACACCCAGCAGUGAUGUCACUGAGUCCUGGAGUAUACCUGUACAUCACAGCAGCAAGGUGAGAUGUAAAGCCGCUAGAGGUCAGCAAAAGCACGAUUUUCCAGGGUUGAGUAACUCUUUAAAAUGAGGAUUGGACAAUAUCAUCGUAGCUCACAGAUAGUAUAUAUGUGCAUACUGUUUGUUUUGCAUUUAAACUAUAUGCGUAAUAUGACAGUGUCAUAUUUGCUGAAACUAACAACUAGAUCUUUAUCAAUGAAUCUGUUGAUUCUUUUGUCUAUUAAAUGUCAGAAAAUCGAAGGGGGGAAAAGGUUACGUUGACGUCUUCAAAUUACUUAUUAUGUCUGACAAAACCAAGGAUAUUUAAUUUACGAUGAUAUAAAACUGAGAAAAGCAUUGAAUCCUCCCAUUCAAGAAGCUUUAACAUUAUUGAUAAAUGACUAAAACAAUUAAUUGAUUUUCAAAAAUUGAAAAGAGAUUCAUCAACUUUGUCACACCAUCAAAGUCACUACAGUGGAAAACUCUUUUAGUUAAGUCUGUCUGUGUCAACUUGGUCACCGUAAGUUGGUGAUUAUUGUAAAUUGUCGUGCAGAUUACCAUCUAACUGACAUUUGUAUAUUGCAUGUUAUUACAUGGAUAUAAAGAAAUGAAACGGACAGCUUCACCAUCUAGUCUGUAGCCUAAAAGAGAAUUGUGCUGUUUGCAACUACAGUAAAAUCAGCAGUGCAGAGAGGCCACAGCUUGGCGCUGCUUUCAGUGCAUUCCUACAUUUAUAACAGGCCUGAAAAUAAACUGUAGACUAACAGUGCCUAACAAUAAACUGGUAGCAGUUUGGAAACAAACAUAUUCAUAAAAUAUUCAGAUAUUUUUCUAUGUUGUCAUGUAGGAAAAGACCCAAGAUGAACAUCCUAAGUGGACUACUUGAUUGCUGUAAGCAAAUUAUUUGAACAGCAUUUGUAUAGUAAGCUUCUUUAGCUUAUACGUGUUUGAUCAUAGUAACCAUUAUCACUAUAAGCAGUUUCCACUGUAUGAACUUUUUUUUUAACUGCGUAUACAAGGUUCAUCUCUGGUGAGCCUGACAGUACCUGUAGACGAUAGGAAUAACAAGACAAAAGUGGACCCAAGAGCAAAUUAACAUUAGCCAUUAUUACUGAACUGUUUAAAUUAGAAAAAAAGGUUACUGAUAAAAUCAGAAAAAGAGGUUAACAAUAAGAAACACAUGACAAGCUGGGGUAUUUAUAUUAGGGGAUAAAGCUAGCCAACUACAAAAUGUUAAGCACUUUGUUUUCCAUCAAAGUGAUUAGAGAAUUCAUUAUCCCACCUAAAAGUCCUUUGGCAAACUGUUCUCAAGAACAAGUCUCGCAGACAUUUUAGCAGCGCUGCUGUUGGUCAUAUGGGAAUGGCAAUGGAUGCAGAAAGUCACUGCUACCAUCACCGCUUCCUCAGAAAAUGGGGACAGGAGGUAAACGGUUUGUGUACAGCAGUUAGCAGCAUAUAUUUCUGUGCACUUCAUUAAACAGAGAAAUAGUAUGCACUACUGAGCUUGCCCUACAGUAAAUUAGAAUUCAUGUUGAUGCUUUAGUAUGGUGACAAUAUUUGACAUUUUUGGAGGCUUGUGGUAAAGUUCAGUGGGGCAUUGGCACAAAUCAACCACAGAAGAGGCAGCGUUGGUGAGAUAAGCACAGACACGACUGAUUGACAAGAGCGACACUCUCUGCACUCGUGUCUCACGUCCCGCCGACUCAUGGAAAAUGAAUGAUUUCUGGGUGGCCAGUGCUAACCGUAUGAAAAGUUCCAAAUACCUCCAGUACAGCAUAUCUGGUUUAGUUUUGCAUUUGAUUCCUGCGCCUACAAACCACGUGUCCUGGCUAACUGUCUGCAACAGAUGGAAACAAGAGGCUCUUCUAGUUCUUUCUUUAUUUCUUACCGUCUGUUAGUCUGGUGGUUACAUUCUUGUUGAUCCAAAGCCGUGUAGUUAUCAAUCGAUUGACUGACUGUGUAGUUUGUAUCAGAAACACAAGGUGCAUCUAAGUCAAAGUAUAUAUAUUUUUUUUUUUCCCCAGUUCCCAACUGUAUGUUCUCUCAAGCUAGCUCCACUUAUUAUGCAUGGAUCCAGUUGAAGCUUUUUUUGUAUAUUAUUGUAUAUCACACUUUAAAAAAUACAUUUUGUGUAUGUUAUUAUAAGUGAUGUUUAUAUGUAGAGAAAAAAACAUAUUCUUUGGGAUAGUUUCACAGACAUGGUUUGUGUUCAUUUGUAAUAGACAAAUUAGCAGUUAAUAGCAGCUUUACAGCUCAUUAUAUUAUACACAAGUCAAUUCUCAAACCUAUUAAACCAAACAUGCAUUAGAUUUAAUUGGAAAAUAAAGAUCUUUCUUACAAGGAAUAUAAUCAGAGCAACAUGUAUUCAAUCAAUACUCAAAUCAGAUCACCUUUUGAGGUUUAUGCAGAUGCAGUAGAUCCAGAUAACAUUGCAAUGUAAGAGAGAUUCCCACAGAGAAAUAGUAUUAGCGACCGAGGAUAAUCCAUGUCUGGGGAACGUUCCCAGCAUUACGUAUGUGUCUUUCUACCCAGUUAUAUGAAGCUGUGUUACUGUACGAUUACUGUAUGGACAAAGUGUUUACUGAGUUCGUCUUCAUCCGACUUGCUUUACUUUAGUGUUCAAUUUUAUUCAUUUCUUUAUUUGUCUUUUUUGCUCCCCACACCUGAUCUUGAAAUCCUGUGGCAACAUUUACAGAAGAAGUAAAACUGUUUCAUUUUCAAAUAUCUGGCAGCUGAUCUUAUACUCUCUUUAAAUUAGAGAAAGAAGUGUGUAGAUAGAUCAGAUCAAAUAGGUGUGAGCUACUAUCUGAAUUUUUAGAGCUUGUGCAAGCAAAAACAUUUACGUGCAGCAAAAUGUUAACAUGACUCAAAAUGACACCUGUUCAUUCUUUUAAAGUGGAUUUGAAAAUGGUUAACUUGCAAUGGAUGGGCCACUAACGAUUAAUUUUUUUUUUUAUCAUCAUAAAACCUCCCAUGCUUUUCCAGGCCUUCAAGGUCUUAAAGUGACUUUGAAUUGACAAAAUGAACAGCUCCGUUAUUGUAACUUGCAUGCGGUUUGAUACAGCAUAGCUAUAAAAUAAAAGUAAAAUAGUAGAUGGGAUGUCAUGCUAUGUGUGCUCUAACAUCACAUCAGAGCCACAAAGUUAAUAUUUUCCGAUCUAAACAGCAAAAUUAAAGUCAGAAAUAAAAUAAUAAUUCUCUCCGUUAAAAAUAUUUAACACUUUGCUCAGUCAAAUUUUUAUAAGCAUCCAUAAUCCAUCCAAAUUUUAUGUGGGCCAUGUGCAGUAUUAGUGACUGUUCACCCUGUUUUUGAGGAUCUGUUUCCUUUAUAGCAUGUAACGGUCAAUUGCCGCGUUUCUGUUUCACUCUAGUGGCGUUUUCUCUGUUUUUGUGGACUCACUUGUGGUAUUCUCAGUCUUUAUAUGUUCCUCUGCAGUAUGUGAUAGCAGAUGGAGCCUGUUGGGUUUUGGUUCUUAUAACUCAAAUUACACUCAGGCAUCCAUUCUCAGAUGUACAUAGUACUUUAUGUGUACGACAGAUAUCACCAUAAGCUGUUUUUGUUUUGUUUUUUCCCCUCUCUCCUUGUAUGUGUCUGUGAAAUAAAUACUAUUUUAUCACA